AUGGCUAAUAGUCUACCACGGUCGGAUGAUUUAGAAGCAACAUGGAACUUUGUUGAGCCGGGGAUCGGCCAAAUAUUAGGCAGAGAUGGCACUCCGUCAUCUGUAUUGAAAAGGGUUGAUAAAGUCUUAUCGCCAACGAUGUAUGUGGAAGUAUAUACCGCUAUCUACAAUUAUUGUGUGAACAAAUCAAGCUCCACGGGUCAAUUCAAUACGGAUAGUAGGCAGAGCCAAAAUUCCAUUCUGGUAGGGAGCGAGAUUUACGAAAAACUGAAGUUGUAUUUGAAGGACUACAUAUCAAAAUUGACUAGAGACCCUGAAGAGACGUUUCUCCAGUUUUAUGUGCGACGUUGGAAAAGAUAUACGGUGGGCGCUAUCUUCCUGAAUCAUGCUUUCGAUUACAUGAACAGAUACUGGGUGCAAAAGGAGAGGAGCGAUGGUAAGAGACACAUCUUCGACAUUAACACGCUAUGCCUGAUGACCUGGAAAGAGGUUAUGUUUAAUCAAAACGUGGACACAUUAGUGAAGGAAAUUCUGGAGCAGAUUAGGUUGCAAAGGGAUGGCGAAAUGAUUAGACAGACUGAUACGACGGUGGCUAUCCGUUCUUUCGUGGCUCUCGGCAUUGAUCCCCAGGACUUGAAGAAAUUGAAUUUGAAUGUCUACAUACAAUACUUUGAGAAGCCAUUCUUGGAAGAAACUAAAAACUAUUAUACAAUGCUAUCAGGAGAGUAUUUGAAAGCGCACUCCGUGACAGAUUACAUUUUCGAAGCGCAACGGAAAAUUGCAGAUGAGGAAACCAAGAUUGUAUUAUAUCUCGAUGAGCAUACAAAGAAGCCACUAUCCGAGGCGCUCAACUUGGUUUUAAUUUCGCAACAUGCUGAAGUUUUGCAAAGUGAAUUUAUUGCUCUUCUAGAUUCAAGAGACGAGAGGAAAAUAGAAACACUUUACGGUUUGAUGCAACGUGAUAUCUUAUUACUACCAAAACUGGCACAGGCAUAUGAAGAAUAUGUCAAGAACACAGGUGAAAAUGAAAUUUCGAAGCUUUUGAUGACCCAUAAGGUUGCCAAUGAGGCUGAAGAAGGGGGUAGAAAGCCAAAUUCGAAUGUUAUAAUCCCACCAAAUGAAUACGUGAAAAAGCUUAUUGAGGUUUAUGAAACUUUUAUUAAGAUUACGCGCGACUGCUUUCAAAAUGACUCCUUAUUCACGAAAGCUCUCGACAAUGCAUGUCGGACAUUUAUCAAUACGAAUGAGUUUGCUAUACCACCGGGAUCUCCCAAAUCUGUUACUUCCAAAACGCCAGAAAUGUUGGCCAAAUAUAGUGACCAACUUUUGAAGAAAUCUAGUAGAGCGACGGACUCAACUUCUGAAAUGUCUGUAGACGACAUUAUGACUAUCUUCAAGUUUUUGACCGAUAAGGAUGCAUUUGAAUCCCAUUAUAGAAGGCUGUUUGCAAAGCGUUUGAUACAUGGAACGUCCACUUCAGAGGAAGAUGAAGAGAACGUGAUUCAAAGACUACAAAGUGAAAAUAGUAUGGAAUAUACCGGGAAGAUAACAAAGAUGUUUCAAGACAUUAGACUUUCCAAGCACUUGGAAAAAGAAUUUGAAAAUGCGAUCAAAAUUGCUCCUGAUUAUAACAGAUCUAAAUAUCCUGAUUUCCAACCAUUUGUAUUAGCGGAAACAAUGUGGCCAUUUUCUUAUCAAGAAGUUGAUUUCAAGCUUCCUAAUGAACUUGUGCCGACUUAUAGAGGGUUAGAGAAGCUUUACACUAAUAAACACAAUGGUAGAGUACUUAAAUGGCUGUGGCCAUUGUGUCGUGGUGAAAUCAAGGCAGAUAUUGGUAAGCCCGGUAAGCCUCCCUUCAUUUUCACCGUGACUUUAUUUCAAAUGGCUAUUCUUUUAAUCUUCAAUGAGCGCGAUGUGUUAACACUUGAAGAAAUUCAAGACGCGACCAACUUAAACACGCAAAAUAUUGCCUCUUCUAUGAUCCCCUUUAUUAAAUGGAAGCUGGUGCAACAAACCCCGCCAGGAUUGGAUGCACUAAUGAGGCCUGAUACACAAUUUAAGCUAGCGACUCCUUAUAGGGCUCUGAAGACGAGAAUCAAUUUUGCAGCUGGUGUGAAAGGUGAUGUGUUAGGCGCCGUUACCAAAGGCGAUUCUUCUGAAAGUCAGAAGAUUGAGAAGGAAUUAAACACUGAGAGACAAAUUUUCCUUGAAGCAUGCAUUGUAAGGAUAAUGAAAGCGAGAAGAAAGCUCACACAUGCGACUUUAGUAAAUGAAUGUAUUGCACAAUCUCAUCAGCGGUUCAAUGCAAAAGUGUCUCUUAUCAAGAAGGCCAUUGACAACCUUAUCAGCAAGGAAUACUUGCAAAGAUGUGAUGACGGUGAAUCUUACGAAUAUUUAGCAUAG